AUGUUCGGCCGAUCGAGAAAAGCGAGCGUCUCGCAGACGACCACGAAAUCGAAGCCUCCAUCAACGACCGUGACCCGGGACUCGGGCGUCUCCAAGCGUCGUCCUUCUGUCGCUUCGCGCCGCCGACCAUCCAACGCAUGCUCCGCUCAGAGCCUCGUGGACCCAUCUGGAAACAACUCACCCAUCAUCACUCUGGUCGUCGGCCGGGAGGCCCGCAUCUUUGCCGCCCAUGAGGAGGUCCUGACCAAGUCGCCCGUCCUGGCUGCUGCCCUGCGCUCGCAGUACAUGGAGCCCACGGGCAAGCGCCUCACCCUCCCCGACGAGGAGCCCGAGGUGCUCUCGCCCAUCCUCGAGUACCUGUACAAGGGCGACUACUCCCCUCGCCUGGUCCACAACAAGCGCCGCGACACAUGGGAGAUCGAGAGCAACGACGAGGCCACCAUCUUCCACCAGGCCACCGGUGCCGAAAUCCUCAAGGACACCGUCAUCUACUGUGCCGCCGAGAAGUACAAGCUGGAUGAGCUGAAGCGCAUCUCUCUGCGCAAGCAGGGGCUCCGCACCGGCAUCCCAUGUGGCAUCAUCCUCUCCUCGGCCCGAUACGCCUACGCCAACACGUCCGACUCGGACUCCAAGCUCAGGGCACACUACCUCGCCCUCAUCAUCCGCAGCCGCUCCACCUUCAAGCGCAGCGGAACCAUGCAGCAGGAAAUGUUCAACGGCGGCUCCCAGCUUUUCUUUGACUUGUUUGUCGCACUGGCCAACCAUGUCGACGACAUCCAGAGCCCCCGGGGCACCCCUCGCAGCGGCACCCCCAAGAACGGCUUCUUUUAA